CGUCGUCGGCGCCGGAGAAUCGAAGCUACUGGCGGUGGAGCAAGCGGGACUUCUUCCCGGAGAAGUCAUUCGAGAAUGGGAAAUCCUACUGCACGGCGUUGGCUGACACGUGUCCGCGCCUCAUGGACCGUCUUCUGAACCGCUCGAGCGACUCGCACGAGCUGCUCGUGCUCCCCCUUGCCAGCGAGCACCGCAUGAACCGCUGCCUCACCUGGUGGGACCUCAGCUGGUUGGCCUUCGGAUCAGUGGUCGGCUCUGGUAUCUUCGUCGUCACCGGACAGGAGGCCCGGUUCCACGCCGGCCCCGCCAUCGUCCUCUCCUACGCUGCCUCCGGCUUCUCCGCCCUCCUCUCUGCCCUCUGCUAUACCGAGUUCGCCGUCGACGUUCCAGUCGACGAGCCUGAUUCAAUGCCUGCGGAUUCGGAUAAGAAGGAAAUUGCGUAUGCCUUUUUUCCUGGUUCGUCCUAUGCUGGUCCCAUGAAGAUUAUCAAUACCAUCUUCAGCUCGGAUCUUGCGUUCAGUCUUCGGAGGGAGGAGGAUUUGCAGCACAGUCCAAGGACAUUUCCCUUUUGCCCCCACUGA